GCUGCCAGCCGUGUUAUAUACCGGUGAUCUCACACUAAUAUAUGAAGUAUUUACUAGUCCAUGCUGCCUAGCUAGACAGUUCGCUACUGUUUAGGUGUCGAUCCUUGGGAACUACUCUACCACCUGCUGCGGUUUCCUGCGUUACCUGUCAGGGCAUGAUCAGGAGUCAAGUUUAAGCAUCUAAGCUUUCCUGAAAAGUAUCGCGCGGGCGCGAGCCGCACAGCUACAUCAACCCUCGAAACUCGGCUCGCCGCAACUCCGCAACCAUGCUGCCAAAGGACCCGGCCGCUCAGGCCAAGGUUAUCAAGGAGGUCAUCCGGUCUUACUCCUAUGUGGUCACUUGGAUGGGCAUCUCCAUUGCCGUCAUUUUGUUCAACAAGUGGUUGCUGGCGUACUCGGGAUUCCCUUUCCCAAUUGCCUUGACAUUAUGGCACAUGUUCUUCUGCUCUUUCGUGGGCGUGCUGGCUGUCCGGGUGUUCAAGGUCGUCAAGUCCCACAACAUGACGCCGCGGGAAUACUACACGCGCGUAAUGCCUAUUGGUCUGCUUUACGCCGGUAGCCUAUGGCUAUCCAACUCGGCCUACCUGUACCUCUCCGUAUCCUUCAUCCAGAUGACUAAGUCGCUGAUGCCAGGCCUGGUGUACGCGUCGGGCGUCAUGCUGGGCACGGAGAAGUACUCGCGGGGCGUGACGCUCAACAUGUUGCUUAUUGCAUUCGGCGUGCUGGUUUGCGCGUACGGCGAGCUGAACCUUGUCCUGAAGGGUGUGGUGCAGCAGCUGACGGCCCUGGGCUUUGAGGCCAUGCGACUGACGAUGGUUCAGGUUCUCAUCAACAGCAAGGGCUACAACAUGAACCCCAUCCAGUCGCUCUACUACGUCUCGCCCGCGUGCUUCAUGUGCCUGCUGUUGCCCUUCGUGAGCGUUGAGAUGCCGCGCAUCCGCACCACCCACGACUGGACCUUCAACCCCUCCGUCAUGCUGGCCAACGCCCUGACCGCCUUCAUCCUGAACCUGGCGGUGUUCCUGCUGAUUGGCAAGACCUCGGCCCUGACCAUGAACAUUGCCGGUGUGAUCAAGGACUGGAUGCUCAUCUUCUUCUCGUUCUACCUCUUCAAGGCGCCCGUGACCACCCUCAACCUGCUGGGAUACGCCUUCUGCUGCAGCGGUGUGGUGGUGUACAACCACAUGAAGCUGCAAAUGAUUAAAUCCAAGGUCGCGGCCAGCAGCGGUGGCAAGCCCGACGAAGAGAAGCCCAAGGACGGCGAGAGGUCCAAGGAGGACAUUCUGACUGAGAUCCGGCGGCUACAGGCGCAGAUGGCGGAGCUGGAGGACCGGGUGAGCAGCUCGGCCAAGGUGAUGAACAGCGUGAGCGGCAUGGGCCUGGCGGGCGCUGCCAGCGGGCCCUCGGAGCGCAGCAACGACAUGGUGGUCAGCGCAGCCGUGGUGGCCAGCACCGAGCAGACGGAGAAGGAGAACAAGGACAAGUAAUGUGGAGAAGGAGAGGGAGGGCUAGGAGGAGGGGGCGGUUCGUGGGGUUCUGUAUUGUAGCAGGGUAGGAAUGGUGGAGGAGAGGUUUAGGAGGAUGGAUGUGUGCGUGUGACACGCGGGUGCGUGACUGGCUCGGGGCAGCGUGCGCACAGGUAAAGAACUCCGGUCUAUGCAUUUGGGAUUUUGGAAUAGGGUGUGUGACACUUCCGCGCUGCUUUGCUGGCAGAAUAGUUCGAAACUCAGCGCUUUGGACACGUAUAUGGUGCUCAUGUAGUUAUAUGAGAUCGUGUGACUUGAUUAUCAAAACUCGGAACAGCGGGUAAAGCUGCAUCCCGCUGCGUGUAUGAUAGUGAGUAGCUGUGAGUGCGCCAUGCGGUGCGGCAAAAGGGCCCCGUGUGGGUUAGGGGGUGGCGUGCGCAGUUGAAGGAAGCUGAAGAGCCAAACGAAGAGCCGGAGUCAACCUCUCGGCAGAGCAGUGCUGCUUAUUGAGUGGCUUGGUCUUGGCGGAACGUGAUUCGUGUCAGUUAACGUUGGCAACGAACAGCCUUGGACGAUGCUUACCGGGGUUUUCGCCGGGUUACAACCGUAACAAGGUCUUAUGGGGUUUAUGGUGUCACAACACGAGACAUGGGGG